GUCAGCGAGCAGAACCGAGAGCCGAGCCGUCCUCUGAGAUAAACAGUCAUGAGAGGUUCGUCGUACUCCCAGAAGAGCCUGAGCGUCAGCGGCUCCAGCCGGAUGAGGGUCCAGAGCCCGUCGCCUUCCCGAUGCCGCGGGUCCUCGUACAGCCGCGGCCGGACGGGGUUCCAGGGUCAGGCGGUGGAAGUGGCCACCGAGAUCCACCAGCACCACGCCAACGAGAAGGAGGAGAUGCAGGAGCUGAACGUGCGCUUCGCCGGAUACAUCGAGAAGGUCCAGGCGCUGGAGCAGAGGAACGCCGCCCUGAGAGCCGAGCUGGAGGCCCUUCAGGGACGCUUCAAGGGGGGACCCACCGGCCUCGGGGACGAAUACGAAGCCAAGUUUAAAGAGAUGAGGGACCUGAUCGAAGCUCUCACCGCCGAGAAGGGCGCGGCUGAUAUCGAGAGAGGCUACAUCGAGGAGGAGGUGGAGGUCUGGAGACUCAAGCUGGAGGAGGAGCUGGCCAUCAAAGAGGAGGCUGAAAUGAUUCUCCGCGAGUUCCGCCAAGACGUCGACAACGCGACGCUACAGAAGGCCGACCUGGAGAAGCGCAUCGAGCAGCUGGUGGCCGAGAUCGAGUUCCUGAAGAAGCUCCACGACGAGGAAGUCGCCGACCUGCUCAAGCAGAUCGAGGAGUCCAAGGUGACGGUGGAGCUCGACUCCGACAGACCCGACCUGGCCGCUUACCUGCGCAACAUGCGCGCCGAGAUCGAGGCGGUGGCCGCCCGCAACGUCCAGGAAGCCGAGAAGUGGUACAAGGGCAAAUUCGACACUCUGAAGGAGCAGGCCAGCAAACACGAGGACCAGAUGAAGAGCAUGAAGGAGGAGAUCACCACCUUCCACAACCAGGUGACGGACCUGCAGAACCAGAUCGACGGGCUGAGGGCGCGUAACGGCGCGCUGGAGCAGCAGCUGGAGGACAUGGAGGCGGCGCACCUGGACAAGGUGGCCGGUCUGGAGGACAUCAUCGCCCAGCUAGAGAGCCAGCUGUGCGAGACCAAGGUGGAGAUGGGAAAAUACAUGGCCGACUACCAGGAGCUGCUCCACAUCAAGCUGAAGCUGGACGCUGAGAUCGCCACCUACAGGAAGCUGCUGGAAGGAGAGGAGAAGCGGCUCGGGAUCUCCGUCGCCGAAGGUCUGUCUGGAGCGGCAGCAGUGACAGAAGAGAGAACCACGUCUGUGUCCCGUACCGUUGAGACGCACACGGCCAUCGCUUGAAGACUCCUGGAGAUCAACCUCGACUAAACCACGUCCCGCUAACCUAGCUGAGUUAACUGGGCCUCCUGAGAAUCACAAUGAAACUUUGUCUCAUGUAAAAGAAACAAAAUGUUACCAGACACUAAAUAAAGCUUGAUUUCAAUGCACACUUGUC